GCCAUAUUUACCUUCGUUUCGUGUGUUUAUUGCAAACUAAAAAACCCCGGAUCGUUGAGUUAAAUUACAAGGUUUCUAUCUCUCCGAUUUAACCAAUUUUUUUCUACAUUUUUGUCAAUUUUUUGAAGUAUUUAGAAGUCGGAUUUAAUUUCUAGUAUCUUACAGCUUUAGUUAAAAUUCAUAUAUAAAAAACUAGAGUACGCCACGUUCGCAUAUUUUGGUUUAAAUGUACCAUAUUAUCAUUACAUGAGAGAAAAACUUKAACACUGCUGGGACUGUAAUUUACUUUGAGGAUCGAAGGCGAUCGAAGCGAUCAGAAAUCAUUUGAUCUAUUUAAUAAUUUUCCUAAUUCGAUCCGAAAUGUAUUGAGAAGCGGUCGUUCGUUCUGUUUACCAUAUUGUUUUAUUGUCUUUUUUUUACCUCAAUACGAAUUUUUAAGGCUUCAUUGGAUAAAAAUGGGUUGUGGAAGCUCGAAAGAAUCAGGGACGCAGCCAAAUAACGUUGCCCAGAAUGGGAACGUUCAAACAUCGAGCCCUAACAACAACAAUGGUGUUCCAAAACAGAAAGACGACAAAAACAUUUCACGACGUAGCUCUGCCAGCUCUAAACGAAGUAGAAAGAGUAGCUCUAGCAGCUCUAGUAGCUCUAGCAGCUCGAGUAGUUCAAGUAGUUCUGGAUCGAAAAGGUCUGUAAAGGACUUUGCGAAGCAAGCAGAUCAAGUUGAUGGUCAUGAGAAGGCGACCGAAGCCCCCGUAGCGACUACAUCACCUCCGAAAGAGGAACRACAAAGAGAAAGCGCUAAUCCACAGAAGGAACCCGAGAAAGCACCCCAGCAACCCAAAGAAGAAUCUCCUCAAGAAACAAAACCAGAAGAAAACCAAGAAGUAAAAGAAACCGCUGAGGUUCAAGAAAAACCUAACUUUGAUCAAGAAGUUCUUAAGAGGUUCAUUGACUUGGACGCUGAGAUAAAAGARCUUUCAAGUAAAGACAGAGAAACCUUAAGAUUGGCCGAGUACAACAGACUGGUUGAACUCCAUAAGAUUCUCACAGCACAAACAGAAAAGGUUGAAGAACUWAGGCAAAAAACCAACAAAGAGUACCAAGAUGUAGUUCAUACUCAACACCCUUCAGUUAAAGCAAUGUUUAUCAACGAAGGGCAGCAUGACGCAGCCCUCGCCARGGAAAUGCAAGAAUACAUUGACGCCCUCAAUCAACAAGAAGUAGCAGAACAAGAGAUGGAAAGUACAAAAGAGAAGUACAAGAACAUGUACAACGCUUACAGUAGCACAGCCGAAAAGUACAGAGAAGAAGAAAAGCGGCUUCAAGAGCUCCAGCUUGAACAAGAGAAAAUACUUGGCCAAGUCUUUAACGACAGUUACGGCAGCGAUAAGGAAUGGAAGAUUGAACUGGAGUUAGAUAUGUUGGAAGAGAAGAAGGAGAGAAUACAGGGGGCCCAUUUUAAGUGGACAAACGCUCAGAAGUUUAUGCGUACAGCAACUGCACAGAUCAAUUGGGCUGCAAAACGCUGGGCACAGAUUGGAACCCACAAUGUACAGGCACCAAUGGCAAAGUAUCAAAUGUCAGCAGAAACAAGAAACCAUUUGAUUGCAGCUUCCCAGAACAUAAAAGCUACGCACAAGUUCCUUGAACCAAUACGAGUGCCGUACUACACAAUUGAAGAUGUCAACCGACUUGAUUCCUUGAUCAACACAAUAUUUCAUGAUGUGCAAGUCUCUAACAGAUAUCAGAACUCAUACUCGUGCUUUGUGAAUGACUACAACAAAUGCCAAAACCUGUUAAACUGGAUUGACCAGGUUCUAACCAACACAAUCAACAAAGACUUCACUGACAUCAAGAAAACAUACCACGAGAAAUACUACGAACUCAAGGAGGAGAGAAUGAUACUGAUUCAGGCCAAAAUUAAAGAAAAGCUUGGCAUCGAGCUGUCUUUGGAGUUCAAGAAAGAGCAAUACAAGGAYGAGUCGACAGGUGAUGAAGGAGGCGAAGCAGUUGUCCAGCCAGGGACUGUCGAAAAGGAGGAAGGUGAUAACCAAACACCAGAAGCGGAGGCUGGAAAUGACGAGCCUCCUGCGGAACUCCCACAGUCUCUGCCUACAGCUGAAGGAGAAGAAAGCACAGAAACUCCAGCUGCAGAGGGAGAAGGAGAGAAGCCUGAAGCUGAGAACCAGCCUGCGGUGAAAGCGGUGCCGCUAUCGGAGCUAGCACUGGCUCCAAACCAAGAAGACUUGUUUGGUGACAUUGAACAGUUGAAGAAGAAACACGAAGAAGAGAUAGCAGAGUUUGAGAAGGCACAAGAAAUGAACAAAGCAAGGGUUGAUCAGGGAUUGCAGGAGAGGCUACAAGCAAGACGAAGUAGACGACGAAAGAUGAAGAAACAAAAUGAAGAGGCUUUACAACUAGGAGGUGAAUCUGGAAAGAGCUUACCACCUCCCCCUGAAUAAGCUCAUUAUUCCUUGAUGUUCAGGGUUGCAGUCAUGGCAUUCAGUUGCUAAUAUGCAUUAGUUUACUUUAAAAGUAGAUUGAGCCUCCAUUGAUAGAUGUUGUUUACAAUAUAUCUUUUAACAUUUGGUGUGUAUAUAUUUAUAAUGAUAAAUUAGGCCCCGUCCACACUUAUCUGGAAAUUUUUGUAUCCACAAAUUAUUUUUCCCGGAUACGAAAAUGUUUGCGUCCACACGCAGCGUAUUUGAAUCGUUUUCACCGUUCCACAUGUGUCCGUUUUCGUGAAAUUUGCGGAUACGACACAAAAAUUACGACAUGUGYGAUACGACACGUGUGGACGCAACCCGUAUCUGUAAAAAAAAAUUGCGGAUACAAAGAUUUCCAGAUACGUGUGGACGGGGCCUUAAUGAACUGCCAUCAGAGUCACGAUUCACAGUUCACUAGCUUAUAGUUUCGUGUGAGUCUCACUCUCCUUUUGCUCUUAGGGGGCUUUUAUUUAUAAGCACAUGGGGGAUUUGCAAAAUCAGAUGGAAAAAAGCUUCUCAAUCUGUGACAACCCCCAUAACCCUUUUCUCAAAAAAAUGUAACCCCCUACACCCCCCCCCCCUCCCCCAUGUGCUAAUGAAUAAAAAAGCACCCUUUUAAUUAGAAACCUUUUAUAUGCACCCAAAUUCAAUGGAAGCAGGGUAAUCUUAAAACAUUUUAUUUUCUUUCUUUAACUAAUGAAAUAUUCAGUUGUAUACACGUAUCAGAAUCACUUAUCCUUUUUAAAUGUGUAGAUUCCAGAUAUCAUUAUCCAUACCCCCUCACUGAAGAAUUUUCUUAAGAACUCCCUUACACCCAAAGAUUCCAAUUUUCUUCCAUACAAACUGUGUAAUUUUGAUUUUUCUUUGACCCCCCUACCCUUUGGAAUUUCCAAAUUUCUUGCUGGGGGAGAGGGGGAGGUGGGUAUGGAUAAUUUCUGGAAC